AUGUCGGAUAAUCUGUCAUCGUCCCCAGGAGUUCCGCGAAUUCUGAUCAUCGGCGCUGGCUCUCGUGGUACUGCUUACGCUCGAGCUGUAUCAGAAUCAGGAAAUGGCAUUGUAGCUGCUGUCGCAGAACCUAUAGCUUUCAAGCGCAACCUCCUGGGCUCUAAGUACAUCUGGAACUCGAGUGGGGGACCGUCAGAUGGUCAAGAGUUCGAUGACUGGAAACACUUUCUGCAGUGGGAGACCAAACGUAGGAAUGACGCUGCUGCCGGCCGUCCGGUUCCUCCUGGUAUCGACGGCAUUUUCAUCUGCAUUCUUGACGAACAGCAUGCAGAAGUCAUCACUGCUUUAGGUCAUCUAUCCAUUCACACACUUUGUGAGAAGCCAUUGGCUACAACACUCAAGGAUUGUAUGGCCAUAUCAGCGGCUAUGUCCUCUCAGCAAGGAGGGCAAUCAGCUAUCUUUGGAAUUGGACAUGUUCUGCGUUAUAGCCCUCACAACAUGCUGUUGCGCAAACUCGUGCUUGAAGAGCAAGUCAUCGGUCCUGUGCUGUCCAUGGAGCAUACUGAACCCGUAGGCAAUUGGCACUUCACCCACAGCUACGUUAGAGGCAAUUGGAGAAAAGAAUCCACAACAGCCCCUUCAUUACUAACAAAAUCAUGCCACGAUAUUGACUUCCUUCUGUGGAUGUUAUGUUCACCUGCCCCGGGAACUGGUCACCCGGCUCAUGUUCCAGCAUCGGUGGCUUCAUUCGGAUCCCUGAAACAGUUCCAGCAAUCUCGUAAGCCUGCAGGUGCAGGUGCCGCCACGAACUGCCUACAGUGUUCGAUCGAGAAGACUUGUACCUAUAGCGCUCCAAGGAUAUAUUACGACAACCAGCUUGCCAAGGGAAAUACCGAUUGGCCAGUCAACAUCGUCAAUCCCGAGAUCGAAGCCUGUUACAAUGAUCAGGGCAAAGAAGCAGCGAAAGCUAUGCUGUUGAAGACACUUGGAAAUGACUAUGAUGACCACACACCCUCCGAAGAGAUACACAAGCGUCCCUGGUUUGGAAGGUGCGUUUGGGAAUCCGAGAAUGAUGUGUGCGAUGAUCAAUUCGUCCUUCUCUCGUGGAACGACGACCCUUUGACUGAAACAGUAAACGGCAACCUGCCCAACCCUAAUGGCAAAGACCCUCCGGCUAGAAUGGCCAAGACAGCAUCCUUCCACAUGAUCGCUCAAACUGAGAAGCAAUGUGAACGGCGAGGCCGAAUCUAUGGCGAGCAAGGCGAAAUCUCGUACGAUGGAACCCUAAUCACGGUCUAUGAUUUCCCAACUGGUCAAUUUCAACAUCAUCGUCCGCAUAGACCUGGCGGGGGUCACGGUGGAGGAGACUACGGACUGGCAACGCAGUUCCUCAAGGCCAUCAAUGCGGUGAGGUCAAAGAAAUUGUCCAUCGAGGAGGCUCAGAUGCAACACCUUGGAUGUACCCUGGAAGAAGUAAUCAGAAGCCAUGCUCUAGUCUUUGCAGCUGAGGAAGCUCGUCUUGAGAACAAGGUCAUCGACUGGCAGCACUGGUGGGACUCAUGCCAAAAGAGAUUCGGUCACAAAGUACCUGCACAUUAA